UUCCAGCUGUUAGUUGUGGACUGCAGGCCAGGCGGGGGUGAUCGAGACAAACUGAACACGCACAGAAAGCAGAGGGGACAAGCGAGACACAUAAUGAGAGCAGACCAAUGAAGCUAUUCCAGCUGUGUUUCAGACAGAGCUGAGAGGAUUUCUUCACAUUGAAGAUUUGUUUUUACCCCUCGAUCAAAUGUUUGUUUGCUGAUAUUAUUGCCAGCUGCAGUACGUGGUUUGUGGUAUCAAGAGUCAGUGGAUGAUUAUUGUUUUGUAUUUUUUCUGCCUUGUGAUUUAAGAAUAUGGAUUCAAAUAACUCUACCCUGGAGGACCACUUGUUGUAUGCCCCUAUUUGCAAUGGAUGGACCAAUAACACAGAAGGGGCCCUCUACCAACUGGGCAACACCAUCUUGUUCCUGGGCUACAUGGGAGGCAGUGGAGCCUAUGGUUGCCUCUUCAUCUUUGGUUUUCUGAGCCCAGCUUUCCUCUGCCUCACCCUCUGGGGUUGGAUGACCAUGUGUGGCUUGGAUGUGUUGAGCUGGAAUGGGCUGCUGCUGUUUGUGUGCCUGAUUCAGAUUAGUCACCUCUUGUUCCGCCUGCACCAGGAGGGGCUGCCUAGCGAGGAGCUCACCUCCUUGUACCAGGCUGUGUACCUACCCCUGGGAGUCCCUGUGCAUGUAUUCAAGCAGAUCGCUGGUGCCUUUGAAAACAAAGUUGUGGAGCUUAAAGCAGGAGAAACAUAUGCUGUGGAAGGAAAGACUUCCAUAGACCAACUGUCGUUCUUACUGUCUGGCAGGAUCAAUGUCUCUUUGGAGGGGCAGUUCCUGCACUAUAUCCACCGCCACCAGUUCCUCGACUCUCCAGAGUGGGAGUCACUCCGACCAAAUGAAGAAGGAAAGUUCCAGGUGACCCUAACCGCAGAGGAGGACUCUCGUUACAUCACAUGGCGUCGACGGCGCCUUUAUCUGCUCAUGUCCAAAGAGCGCUACAUUGCUCGUCUGUUUGCAGUCAUGUUGGGCUACGACAUCGCAGAGAAGCUGUAUAACCUCAACAACAAGCUGUACAUCAAGAGCGGUGUGCUCCUGGACAUCCGUCUGCCCAGCCUCUACCAUGUCCUUGCCCCAUCAUCGCAGGGCAGUGAGGGUGGCAGUGGGAGUGAUGGUGGUCUAAUAAAAGAUCCUAAAGGGGAAGACCCAUCUCCAGAGGACCAGCCAUCUGACGUGUCCCAGCCUGAACACUGGAGAGAUCCAGAGAAGCCCACAAGUGACCGCUGGGACCCAGAGCUGCCCUCGGGUGAGGACUCCACCAGCCUGGUCCUGGAGGACUUUGCUGAUGUGGCAGGCUCCUUAAUGGACUAUGGCAGUGAGAGGGAGUAUUUGAGGUAGAGGGGCAGGAGCUAACACACAGGGUCACCUCUUAAAACACAUACGAAGACAUUGAAGAUCCCACACCUCCUCGAUUCCUGAGAGGCCGUGCUCCAUUGGCCCCGACUGAGACCCCCAAACUGUGAUCGUCCUGGAAACACUGUCAUGUUCAUACACUGUCCACAAAAUGCACUGACUGCCUUUGGGUUCAAUGGGAGAGGCUAAAACUACUUACUUUUCAUUCUCUCUUUUGGGUGGGAUUGGGAAGUGGGAUUCUUUUCUGUAAUUUUAUACAGACCAAGUUGUGCCUUGUCUGUUACGCUACAUAUUUUUCUUUACUACACAAAACUUUUAUGAGUAUUUAACAAUUUGCAUCAUCACAAAAAAAUACUUAUAUAGUAUAUGCAUAGUUUGAUUUCUGGUACAUUUCGGAAACCUCAAAGCAUGUUGUUUGGAAACACCAGCGCCAGUAUCGUCUGUCCUACCCUGUGAUGUUUUCAGUCUGUAAAGUAGAGAAAUCUGAUGCCUUGUGUUCACAUUUUUUAUGUCAAAAACAACCUGUACACUGUGAAUUGUGUGAAUUGUUACUGAUAGGACAAAAAUAUGUGUUCUGGAUAGAUGUUUUUAAAGGGGCCAACAUUUCUCAAUAAAGCUCUUUGAGUACAAUACAUUUGUCUGUAU